GACUGGGAAUAAGAGCACUUUCUUGGGUAUUAUUUCCGGCCGUGUCGGACAAGCUCUUGGAAAAAAUUGGUCUGUUCUGCCAUCUCCCACCGCUUUUGGGUGCCCAAACGAGAACCUCAAAAAAUCACAAGUUGGAUUCUUCUCAUCCACGCUUCUUUGAUACUGCAGAUUUUACUGGCUUGUAGAGCCCAUAGCCGUCAAGAUGGUGAAUAUUACGGAAAAGAUCAAGGAGAUUGAGGAUGAGAUGAGGAGGACGCAGAGUAAGUUGGAUAAACCUGGGGGUUUGGCGGUGCAUGUGUGAUGAUUUGAGAGGUGGGGAGUAUCUUGUGAAUGCGUACUAAUUGUGAGAAUAGAAAAUAAGGCCACCGAAUAUCAUCUUGGACUUCUCAAAGGAAAACUCGCUCGUUACCGCGCCCAGCUUCUUGAGCCCGGUCCAGGAGCUGGAGGAGCAGGUGGUACAGGUUUCGACGUAUCCAAAUCUGGAGAUGCGCGAAUUGCCCUAGUGGGUUUCCCAUCUGUUGGAAAAUCUACCUUUCUGUCCAAGAUUACCAAGACGAAAUCUGUGGUGGCGGCCUAUUCGUUUACGACGCUUACAGCUAUUCCUGGUGUGUUGGAGUAUGGAGGAGCGGAGAUUCAGAUUUUGGAUUUGCCGGGUAUUAUUGAGGGGGCUGCAGAGGGGAAGGGUAGAGGAAGACAGGUUAUUAGUGCGGCGAAGACGAGUGAUUUGAUUUUGAUGGUUUUGGAUGCUACGAAGAAGGCGGAGCAGAGAGCGUUGUUGGAAGCGGAAUUGGAGGCUGUUGGGAUUAGGUUGAAUCGGGAACCACCAAACAUCUAUCUCAAACCUAAAGCCGCCGGCGGCAUGAAAAUCACGUUCCAAACACCACCCAAAUAUAUCGAUCAAAAGAUGAUCUACAAUAUUCUCCGAGAUUACAAAAUUCUCAACUGUGAAGUUCUCAUCCGAGACGAAUACUGCACCGUCGACGACUUCAUCGACGUUAUCAUGAAAGAUCAUCGCAAAUACAUCAAAUGUCUGUACGUCUACAACAAAAUCGACAGCGUCUCCCUCGAUUUCCUCGACAAACUUGCUCGGGAACCUCACACCGUCGUCAUGUCCUGCGAAAUGGAUUUGGGCAUUCGCGAUGUUGUUGAUCGCUGUUGGGAAGAAUUGAAACUCAUUCGUAUCUACACAAAGAGGAAGGGAGUGGAUCCGGAUUUCUCAGAAGCGUUGAUUGUGAGGAGCGGGUCGAGGAUCGAGGAUGUCUGUGAUCAGAUUCAUAGGACGCUAAAGGAUACUUUCAAAUAUGCGUUGGUUUGGGGGGCGAGCGCGAGACAUGUGCCUCAGAGAGUGGGAUUGGGUCAUUUUGUGGCGGAUGAGGAUGUUAUUAGUAUCGUUAGUGCUUUUAAGGCUUAAGUUGUGCUGUGAGUGGAAUGAAUAUAGAAAGAAGUUGAUGAAUCAUGGUGUUUGAAAUUCCCUUCUGGUGAACUAUAUAUCGUAUUGAUGAGGUGUUGGAAGUUGAACAAAUGCUAAGGAUGA